GCCCCUCCCCGAUUCCCGCUGCCCGGGUGGAAGGGGCGCUGCCGCGAGCCCCCGGGCCUCAGGGUGCCCCGGGGAGCGGCGCCCCGGGUCUCCAGGCCCACCAGCGCCUGGGGUCCUCCGAGAGUGGGGGGCUGCACCCGCGGGGUCAGACACCUGUUCGGCCCUGCCCGGCGUGGUCGCCGGGGGCCAGGAUGAAAGUGACCGUGUGCUUCGGCAGGACGGGCAUCGUGGUGCCCUGCAAGGAGGGCCAGCUGCGCGUCGGCGAGCUCACCCAGCAGGCACUGCAGCGGUACCUGAAGACCCGGGAGAAGGGUCCUGGGUACUGGGUGAAGAUUCAUCACUUAGAAUAUACAGAUGGAGGAAUCCUGGAUCCAGAUGAUGUCUUGGCAGAUGUUGUUGAAGAUAAAGACAAGCUGAUUGCUGUGUUUGAAGAACAAGAACCACUCCACAAGAUUGAGAGCCCCAGUGGAAACCCUGCAGAUCGGCAGAGCCCAGAUGCUUUUGAGACAGAAGUGGCUGCUCAACUGGCUGCAUUUAAACCAAUUGGUGGGGAGAUUGAAGUAACCCCUUCUGCUCUGAAACUAGGCACUCCACUGCUGGUGAGGAGAAGCAGUGACCCAGUGCCAGGCCCACCUGCUGAUGCCCAGCCAAGCACUUCACACCCUGGUGGCCAGGGUCUGAAACCGGUUAUUCCAGAUUCCACGGAGAACUUGGAAGGCAGAGAAGUUAUGAAUGGUGAACACACAGAACUAGUUACAUCGCCAAAAACUAAGGACACAUUGAGUGAUAUGACAAGAACAGUAGAGAUUUCUGGGGAAGGAGGCCCAUUGGGAAUACAUGUAGUGCCCUUCUUUUCAUCUCUAAGUGGAAGGAUUCUAGGACUCUUCAUCCGAGGCAUUGAAGAAAACAGCAGGUCCAAGCGAGAGGGACUAUUUCAUGAAAAUGAAUGUAUUGUCAAAAUCAACAAUGUGGAUCUCGUAGACAAAACCUUUGCUCAGGCUCAGGAUGUCUUCCGCCAGGCAAUGAGAUCCCCAAGUGUGUUCCUCCACGUGCUUCCUCCGCAAAACCGUGAACAGUAUGAAAAAUCAGUUAUUGGACCUCUUAACAUUUUUGGUAACAGUGAUGGCAUUUUGAAAACAAAAAUGCCACCUCCUGUCCAUGGAAAAUCGGGAAUAAGGACAGCAAAUCUCACAAGAACCGAUGCUCCUGAAACAGAUACAUCAGCUUCCCUGCAACAAAGCAAGAGUCCUCGAGUACCAAGACUGGGAGGAAAACCAUCCUCUCCCUCACUCUCCCCUCUCAUGGGAUUUGGCAGCAAGAAAAAUGCAAAGAAAAUUAAGAUUGACCUAAAGAAAGGCCCUGAAGGACUUGGUUUCACUGUGGUUACCAGAGACUCUUCCAUACAUGGUCCUGGUCCCAUUUUUGUAAAAAACAUUUUACCAAAGGGAGCAGCAAUAAAAGAUGGCCGCCUACAAUCAGGGGACAGAAUUUUGGAGGUAAAUGGGAGAGACGUCACUGGACGAACCCAGGAAGAGCUCGUGGCCAUGCUCAGGAGCACCAAGCAGGGGGAGACAGCAUCGCUGGUCAUUGCCCGCCAAGAAGGACAUUUUUUGCCCCGAGAGUUGAAAGGAGAACCUGACUGCUGUGCACUCUCCCUGGAGACCACCGAGCAGCUCACCUUUGAGAUCCCCCUGAAUGAUUCAGGUUCUGCUGGCCUCGGGGUGAGCUUGAAAGGGAACAAAUCCAGAGAAACUGGAACAGACUUGGGGAUUUUUAUCAAAUCCAUCAUUCAUGGAGGCGCUGCUUUUAAGGAUGGUCGUCUGCGAAUGAAUGACCAGCUGAUUGCAGUUAAUGGGGAAUCUCUUCUGGGAAAAUCCAACAACGAAGCUAUGGAAACACUUAGGCGGUCAAUGUCCAUGGAGGGAAACAUACGAGGGAUGAUCCAGCUGGUGAUUCUGAGGAGGCCAGAGAGACCAGUGGAGGAUCCUGCAGAGUGUGGGGCAUUUUCCAAGGCGUGCUUUGAGAACUGUCAAAAUGCUGUAACCACCUCUAGGCGAAAUGAUAAUAGUACCCUGCAUCCACUUGGCACUUACAGUCCACAAGACAAACAGAAAGACCUAUUGCUGCCCAAUGACGGAUGGGCCGAGAGUGAAGUUCCACCUUCUCCAGCACCACAUUCUACUCUGGAAUUGGGCCUCGAAGAUUACAGCCACAGCUCUGGGGUGGAUUCAGCAGUAUAUUUUCCAGAUCAGCACAUCAACUUCAGAUCUGUGACACCGGCCAGGGAGCCUGAAUCAAUUAAUUUGAAAGCCUCGAAGAGCAUGGACCUUGUGCCAGAUGAAAGUAAGAUUCACUCACUGGCUGGACACAAAUCGGAAUCUCCAAGCAAAGAUUUUGGUCCAACUCUGGGUUUGAAAAAGUCCAGCUCCUUGGAGAGUCUGCAGACUGCAGUGGCUGAGGUUCGGAAGAAUGACCUUCCCUUUCACAGGCCCCGUCCGCACAUGGUUCGAGGCCGAGGCUGCAAUGAGAGCUUUAGAGCUGCCAUUGACAAAUCCUACGACGGACCUGAAGAAUUAGAAGCUGACGGUCUGUCUGAUAAGAGCUCUCACUCUGGCCAAGGAGCUCUGAAUUGUGAAUCUGCCCCUCAGGGGAACUCGGAGCUAGAAGAUGUGGAAAAUAAAGCCAGAAAAGUCAAAAAAGCAAAAGAGAAGGAGAAGAAAAAGGAAAAGGGCAAAUUGAAAGUCAAGGAGAAAAAGCGCAAAGAGGAGAAUGAAAAUCCAGAAAGGAAAAUAAAGAAGAAGGGUUUCGGCGCCAUGCUGAGAUUUGGAAAGAAGAAAGAGGAUAAGGGUGGAAAGGCUGAGCAGAAAGGUGCUCUGAAGCAUGGUGGCCUGAGAGAGGAAGAGCUGGAGAAAAUGAAAGAAGAGCGUGAAAGGAUUGGAGCAAAACAUCAGGAGCUAAGGGAAAAGCAGGCAAGAGGUCUUCUUGAUUAUGCUACUGGUGCAAUUGGAUCGGUGCACGAUAUGGAUGAUGAUGAAAUGGACCCUAAUUAUGCCAGAGUGAACCACUUUCGGGAACCAUGCACAUCAGCAAAUGUCUUUAGAUCUCCAUCUCCCCCUCGAGCUGGACCAUUUGGUUACCCUCGGGAUGGCCGUCCACUGUCUCCAGAAAGAGACCACCUAGAGGGUCUCUAUGCCAAGGUCAACAAGCCAUAUCAUCCACUGGGUCCAGUUGACAGUGGCCGUCCCACGGGUGGAAGCACUGACCGUAUCCAGAAGUUGCGGAAAGAGUAUUAUCAGGCUCGGAGAGAAGGUUUCUCUUUAUAUGAAGACGAUGAAGGAAGAGCAAGGCCAUCUGAUUAUGACCUUCUCUGGGUGUCUGGAAAGGGUCCAGAUGGGAAUGCACACAGCCUCCGCUUUGAAGGGAUGGAGAGGCAGUACGCAUCCUUACCCAGGGGAGGACCCACAGAUCCUGUAGACUAUCUACCAGCAGCACCUCGGGGGAUCUACAAGGAAAGAGAGCUUCCCUAUUACCCAGGGUCUCAUCCUAUGCACCCUCCCAAAGGGAGCUAUCCCCGCCCCGCAGAGCUGAGGGUGGCAGACCUCCAGUAUCCUCAGCACUACCCACCCCCAACAGCCCCCCAGCACAAGGGACCCUUUCGACAAGAUGUUCCACCUUCCCCUCCUCAGCACCAAAGAAUGCCAGCCUAUCAGGAAACAGGCAGACCAGGGCCCCGUGGGGGCAGCCCAGACCGGUACCCUUACCGAACCCAGGAUUCCCGGCAGAAGAACCCCAUGACUGCAGCCGUAUAGCUGAAUGCCACCAAGGCCAGUCGAGCCCAGAAAGGAAGGUGUCUACACUACCUUUGCCCCUUCUAGACCUGAAGACCUCCUUCGUGUUAGGAAUUCUCCAUGGUAUUGAUUAGCUGUUUCUCAAUGAGGUUGUAACGAUUGACUGCUAAUCAGAGGGAAAAAGAAGGGGAAGUGGAUUGGGGAGGAAAAAAUCAGAAGGAAGGCAAAAUGUGGGGCCACAAAAACAAAACUACUUGUUAUCUGAAACACUUUCAGAAUUGUUCAAAUCAAUCAGAGUGGCAACUGAACAAACAAACAGCUAACAAUGGAGCUCUACUCCGGGGUGCCUCCCCGGCUAGAUAACGUGUGCUGAUGUGCAGACACGUGGACACCCCCUCUAUGGGAUUGGUGGUCCAAAGGCAGUCUCUGCCAGACAGCAUUACCCGCUCAGAGACGGAGCCUCAGCCCCCUUAUUAGAGCUGUUAAGUCUAAGGAGUGGCAGAGUAGACAGAGAGAGAGGCAUCUUGAGUGAGUAUAGGUUUUUUUACUCAGAAAACAACAGCAAACAUGACUAGUGAUCUUGAAAUGUUUUAUACCAAGAGAAAGACCACAUUUAUUUAUUUGCAGAAUUUCUCAGAUUCCUGAUACCACUCAUUUGAUGUAAACAUUUCACGUUUCCUCACUUUUGAUAUGAAAAAUGGUAAAAUGCAGUAUUAGUCCUGGAAGAAUGUGCACUGCUCGUCAGAGCUUCCAGAAGGAAUAUAUUCCAAGGACCAGUAUGAUCAGGCUAAGGCUGGACAUCACAUGGUCCUCACCUUCUUCCCUCCCGCAUUCCAGGUAUGGAGAUACCUGGUUUCAGAGUCAGCCCCAAAUCUCCUGCCUAUAAUUUACUUUAACUGGGGUCUCUACUUUAAGGUUCCCACUUGAAGGCUGCAUAUAGUUGGGAAAAAGAGGAUCUACUGGGUAGGUCACACAGGAGGCAGUGCCCUGAAAAUGCCAAGUCCAGACUCAGUGCCAAGCAGUAACCAUCUGCAUUCGGGGAAAGUGAGGAGCUGACCGUGGCCUCUGGAAACUGAUGACCAGCAGGCAUUAUAUGGAAGUGAAUGAGGGUGUGGGGGGGGGGGUGGUUUGAACACAUGUGAUUGCUAGUAUGGAUAAUGAAAGAUUAAUAAUGCUUUCUGAAGAGUUUGAUGCAUAGUGGGGAAAUGGAGGGAAAUGGAGAAAAGGCAUUAAGACUAAAUCUACCUGCAUUUGCUAUAUUUUAUUAACAAAAGUCAGGGCAAGGCCAAGUCCUCCAAUUGGAAAAGGACAGUGUUAUGGCUUUAAAAAGCUGAAACCCCACCCUCUAAGUAGAACCAACCCAUCACCAUAUUUUUUGGGCUUUGCCAUAAUUUUCUAUGAAAACUAAAACCUCUAAAACAUACAACCUAACCCAAAUGAGAACACAAGCAAAAGACUGUGAAAGACAGCGAAACCUGAGCAUUGGUUUGAACUGGGCAGUGAUUCAAAAUACUUAAAGCCUUUUCACAUGCCUUCUUUAUUCCUUCCAAAAAAAAGUCUUGAGUUUAAUUUAGAUCUAUUUUGGCUGAGAUUAGCAUGCCUCUGACUCACACGAUUUAAUAAAUUAUAGUCUUAUUGAAUACAUAGGACAUCGCUCUACCCUAGUUUACUCUUAUCUUUUUAACUUAAAAUAGAGUUCUGUUACCAAGAAUGAUGCAACUGCUUGUUUUAGAUGUAAAUAGUGUUACUUCCUGGACUUUGAGAUAUUAUUUUAUAAACUGCAGUUUACUAUGGCCCUCUUGAAUACAGACUAUCAAGUUUUCUGUCUCUGUUCUGUCAUCCCUCUUCAGCCAGGCACCUUUAGAUUGUUUGCAGCUUGUUCAAAGUGGUUGAGGAUCUCAGGCCCUGCUCACCUGAAGGUGGAGUGCAGGGGAGCUGCGGCGUUUCCCUCUGACCUGCUGAAUGCUACCUGCCCCUCAAGCUAAAUGAACCUUAAAGAAGAAAAUGGUAACAUGAGGGACGUGUAACCUGUACUGAAGCGUUAAAAACCAGCAGCUCUUCAGUAUGUUCCAUAUUUUAGUCAAAGUACUCUAGAUUACUAAACAUAACCAAGCCAGAACGUUCCUUCUUGACUAAGCCUAGGCCACUUGAGGGGCAGCCAGGGGUGAUGGUGUAAGGUGAGACUCCUGUGUCUUGGAGGAGUGGCCUUUUUGGGAAGAGUGCCCAUGUUUUCACCUGCGGUGUUGCCACCAUAGGGUGCAGUACCUGCUGCACACAGGCUUAGGGUAAACUGCUCCAAAGCUGGGUUUUGUAUUGUAUACAAAGUCAAUAAAAUAGUUACUAAUCCUGAGUGGCAGCCAGUGAUGUGAAGGUACUAUUAAAGUGAACAAAAACUAGAUU